GUAGUAUCAGUCUCUCUGGUCUCCCCCUCGCAGCCUCCGUCCUGGGCUCCUGCCUCCACCCGGCCCCGGCCCAGACCCCAGUGACCAUCGUCCUCACCCCGCCGAGCCCCGUGGUGGGAGGGGGCGUCAGCCUGGCCCCGCAGCCACCGCCAGAGAACUUCCUGUCCUGCAUCUGGUACCAAUCAGCGACCGCUGAUCCAAACAGCCGGAUCCUCAACUAUGUCCAAUAUCCAGCCCCGGCUCAGAACAACGGCUCGGCCCACACGGGGCGGGAGACAGUGGGGCCGGGCUGCGCCCUGAACAUCGCGGGGUUAAUGGUCAACGACACCGGGAACUACACGGUGCAGAUACAGAUCCCUACUGCUGCUAACCCUGUCCUCGGCACAGUGGGUCUGCGCGUCUAUGGAUAUGCAUCCGAAGAA